UCAGUUCCUCGUUGUAGUUGAAAGCGUUCGGUGCGCAAAGCGGCAAAAGUUACAAUUUUGAAAAUAGAAAACAUCAAAUCAUUAGAAUUCAGCUGAAUGCGAAACGUGCGCGAAGUGAACAGCAGCCAUUGGCCAACUGAGUGAAGUAAAUUCGCUUUGGAAAACGUCAACUCAAGUAAUUAAAGUGCAGAACAAAAAGUGAAAAAUUCAAUUUAAUUAUGAGAUAAUCGUGUAUAAAAAACAAAAUCAAAUCUAACGAGGCGGCGAGGGAGAAACGGAAGCAUAUAAAACCACAACGACAAGCGGCUAAAAAAAAAAAUAUAUAAAAUCCACAAAAAAUAGGAUAAACUUUGGCAACAGAUCGAGAUGCAGGGGCAACUGGCAAAGGAGUCAAGUUGCUGGCAAGCAGUGCUCAGUUCCCCAUCCACUUCCUGUUCCUGCCACGCGUGCCACUUGCAAAGAGAUUGAGGGAAUCACGUUUGCACUCGCAGUUAUAGCUAAAGAUACGUAUACUACAGCUGCUUAGAUACAGAUACAAAUGUGAAGCUAAGAAAAAAAGAUACUCGCAUUGAUAUUGAACAUGUGCCAAAGCAUUGAGCUGCGUUUAAUUUUGACCAAGUUAAAUAAGCAAGUCAACAACAAACACGUAUACACACAGCAUAAACAAUCAAUAACGUCAACAGAGUUGACACAGUUGACAGCGUUGACAGCGUUGACAGCAACUUGAGCAACGCUUCUUGUCAAUUACGAGCAGAUAUUGACCAAACAUGGCCGCGCCCAUCGAUGAGAGUGUCCUGAAUGCGUUAAGGGGCGUGACCAGCGCCCAGACGCGUCUUCCCAAGCCGCUGCUCAUCAAGAUUUAUGUGGCCAGCCUGAAGCAGGAGUUCAAUCAGGAGCGUCGCAUGCUCCUUGAGCUCGUGGGACCCGAACUACAAUCCCUCUACGAUGAUCGUCAGAUUGAGUUAGAAAUUGUCGACAUGCACUUUGGCACUGGAGUUCUGGAUGUGUCGCUGGUCGAGCGUGAUCCUUACAUGCUGCUGGACUUUCUCCAUGAAAUUGACACAUGCCAUGCACACUCAAAAAGUGUCUUCUUCCUGGCGUUAAUUGGCGACGGCAUUGGACGCCCCCCGCUGCCCAUCCACAUCGACGAGGACAUCCAUGCCGCUCUGCUGUCGGACCAGCAGACGACAGCAGAGGAUAAGGCGCUCCUCGAACGCUGGUAUGCUAACACACAAUCGCAACGGGUGCUCAAACAGGACUAUCGCUAUCUGCCCCCAGAAGCCUGGCUGACAGAAUCACGUCGUUUAGCUGCGUUUCUAGAGAAAUCCUUGCAGCGUCUGUUGGCCAACUCGAAUGCGGAUUUGAUGAGACGUGUCCAAUUGCUGCGACGCACACAAAUCGAGCAUGAAGUACAGCGCGCUAUGUCUCACUCCAGCGAGAAGAUAUUGGCCGUAUUCCGGGAGCGUGCUGCCCAGAGCAGCGGUCGUGAUGUUGAGGCCGGCGAGCGGUUGCGCAAAAUCAAAGAUGAGCUGACCAUGAACCUAUCAACGGAUAAUCACACGACGCUGGUUGUGCCCGGCAGCGCCAGCAGCGAGGCCAUCGAUCCAGACAACGAGGACCAUGAAGCAUAUUUAAGUAAAUUCAAGAAUAAAGUCACCGACAAGCUUCGUCUGCUAAUCGAGGCGCACAUUACAAAUGAUCCCGACGUAAUCAAGGGGAGGAAAAAGACUGUGCAGGAAAUCUUUCAUGAGCAUGCCACACACUUGCGAAUGCUGCGUGAGCUCACGGAGAACGUGAUUCUGUUGGAAUCGCGGGUGCCACAACAGCUGCGACAGAAUCUGAUGGCGAAUUUCAAGAAUGGCAGCCGUCAUGCACCAUACUUUAUACGUGGAGCACAUGGCAGCGGCAAGAGUGUACUCAUUAGCACCCUGUAUGGCCAGGUGGCCGGGUGGUUCAGUUCGACGCGGGUGCAUCGCGUGAUACGCUUUGCAAAGGCCACGCCCCGUUCGGCCUACAAUCUGGAACUGUUGCGUGUGAUUUGCCAACAAAUCUCGAUCAUCUUCAACAUACCCGAGGGCUAUUUGCCCAAGGAUGCGUCCUUUGAUCCACUGUACAUCAGCAACUGGUUUCAGAAUCUGCUGCGUCGCAUCGAGGAUAUGAACAAUGAUGUGCUCUUUCUUUUCAUCGAUGAUCUGCAUCUGCUGAAUCCUCUGGACUGUGACAUUGUCGCCGCCCUGUCCUGGCUGCCCACCUCGUUGCCCUGGAAUGUCCAAAUCAUCUGCAGCACCACAACGCCCGUGGAACAGCUCAAAUUUACACCGAUGCAACGCGAUCGAUUCAAGUCAGCCGAAUAUCAAUUUGAUUUGAGUCUGGAAACGAAUCUCACACAGCUGCAACGACCACCGCAAUGCGGUGAUGAUGUCAAUUUUGUGGCCUACAUGGAACAACAGUUCGAUGAGCUGGAGCAGGAUUAUGGCCGACAGGCGGUGGCCAGCUUAGCGGCCUACAUCACCUGCUCCGAGUACGGCCUGACCGAGACGGAGCUGCUGGAGCUACUCAUGCCCACCGACGAUCCGGAGUCACAGAUUGACACACAAAGCGGACACUUUAGCUUCGCCAGCUUCAAGAAGAUACACAGUCAAAUGGAUAAACGUCUGCUGUUGCACGACAAGAUAAUGUCUGGCAAGGUGUUGAUCCAGUGGCGCCACAACUACUGUGCAGCCGUUGCCAAGCGACGCUACAUGAAUGUGGAAAGUACACGCAGCCUGCACAUGGAGCUGGCCAAUUUGUUCUUUCCACAGGAUGAGGACGAAAGCACGCUCGAGAAUGAUUCGACCAGAAGCGAAACCAAGUCCGUCAUCAGCCUUAAGGAGAGAGAACGUGAGCCGCACAAGGAUAAGGACAAGGACAAGGACAAGGAACGGGAGAAGGAUAAUGUGUCGGCGGGCCGUAAAUCAUCGUCGAUGCACCACAACGACGACACAUCCACCUUCUACAAUCCCAUUGCUGCCGAUGUCUCCUACAGCAUGCGGCACGUCGAGGAGAGUUGGCAUCAUCUAAUGCGCUCCGAUGACACAACUCGCUUCAAGCAAAUCGCAGUCUGCAAUUUUGAUUUCCUGCUUGCGGCGGUGCAAACGGUAUCUAUUAGCUAUCUGCGUUGUCUAAUCGAGCACGUACGCUGCUAUAUACUGGAUAGAGAUAUCGAACUCAUCUAUUAUACGAUACGCAAGUCGAGCGAUGUCCUUACCAGGGAUCCCAUGCAGCUGGGCUCACAGCUUAUCUCCUGGCUGCGACCCAUUGGUGAGCAUGAUGAUGAUGAUAACUCGCUGCUGAGCAUGACCGUUAGAUCGGCCACCGCCUGGUGUGAUGGCUAUGCGGUGCCAUUGCUAGUGCCAUUAACGGGCUGGCUGCCCGCCCCGCUGCCCUCCCAGAUACGCAACAUGACGGUGAGCGGGACGGGCGUGAUACGCGCCGUUUGUGUGGCGCCAUCGAAGCAGCAUCUGAUACUUGCCACCAAUUCGGGCGAUGUGCAACAGUGGCACAUAAUGAGCAACUCGCUGGAGCACACAUACAAGGGACACACAGCGGCAGUCACGUGCCUCCUGGUGGCGCCCCAACAAUCGCAACUGCUGCUGACCGGCUCCGAGGAUGCCACCGUCAAUGUCUGGCACGUGUCCUUGCGCGAGCGACGAGUGCACAUUAACGCGCACACUGCUCCAGUGACAGCUGUGGCAGCUGGUGUCAAUAACACGCUUAUCAUCAGCAGCAGCGAGGAUGCAACAAUUGCCAUCACUGACCUGGCCAGCGGCAAAUUGCAACAUCGGAUUACCUUUCAUCGUGGCCCAGUUAGUGGUAUCCUGGUGGCUGGCGCCUGUGAUGUCCUCAUCUCUGCCAGCCAGGACAAGAACAUAUGCGUCUGGGAUCUGGAGAACUAUACGCUACUCAAUACCAUGCAAAUGACGAGUCCAGUGCUACGCAUCGAUAUAUCAUGGAAUUCGGUAUUUCUGCUGGCACUCUGCGAGGAUAAUGCACUAUAUGUGCGCACUUUGGCCACGGGCAAGGAGCUGCACACACUGAAGGGCCACAAAUCGAAGAUACGCACCAUGUCCAUUGGCAAGGACAGUCAGCGUUGUGUGGUCGGCUGUGAGGAUACGAGGGCUCUCAUCUACGAUAUGCACUCGGGCAAAUUGGUGCGUUCGAUGCCACCGAAUCCGGGUCCCGUGACAGCCGUUUAUGCCAUGGACAAUGAUGAUUUCCUGAUCACCGUCGGUGGCAACAAGAUAACCUUCUACUCGUUCCGCAAUGAGGAGCUCUAUGUGAAUCCGUACUCGCGCCAUCCACGCCGCAAGCGUAGCCUGAAGAGGCACACACAGGCACAACGUUCCCCCUCCACCACAUUGCCCCCGAUCACGUGCUUCGAUCUGUCGCGAGACUCUCAGCAAUUGGCCAUCGCCUCGGGACGAAAUGUUCAUAUGAUGCGGAUCAAUACGCCGGAAUAUCAGAGCACUCUGGAGGGUCACACCUGUGUGGUUAACUGCCUGAAAUUUGCACCGAAUGGUGAAUUUCUGGUCACCGGUGGAGAUGAUCGUUUGGUUCAGGUGUGGACUCUGGCGCUGGGCGAGAUUAAUCAUACGUUCAAGGGUCAUGCAGCGCCAGUGAUGCAGCUGGUGGUAUUAAUGGACUCACUGCGUGUCAUCUCCACGGAUCGCGAGUCCAUGAUGCUCGUCUGGAUGGCCGACUCGGGCAAUGUACUCCAGACUAUACAGGGUCCCUACAAGAGUCUCGCUGCCACCAAUAACAUGCGCUUCGCUGUCUCCACCAAUGGCGACAACACUCUCAAGAUCUGGUCACUUACCCAGGAGGAUGAGAAGUUCUCCGUAUCGCAUUCGGAUGAAAUCACCUGCUUUGAGAUCAGUGCGGACAGUAUGCACAUUAUAACUGGCUCCAGGGACAUGUCCCUCAAGGUCUGGCAGUCCGUGGGCGGCAAAUUGAGCCAAGUCCUCGUGGGUCACAGCGAUGCAGUCACCUGUGUGGCCGUCUCCGUGACCAAUAAAACACAAGUCAUCUCCGGUUCGAAGGAUAUGAAUCUCAUUAUCUGGGAUCUGCUCACUGGCGAGGAGGUGCACACCCUUGCUGGUCAUCUGGGAGCUGUCAUUGGGGUGAAAGUUUCCGCAGAUGGUUCCACGGCUGUCUCUGGCAGCGAUGACAAGACCCUGAUUGUUUGGGAAACGAAACGUGGAUUGGCAUUGACUUCGCUGCAGAUGCACGUGCCCUUCACCCACUUUGACAUCAGCCUGGAGGUAUCACGUGUGCUUGUCCAGCUCAUCGAUAGCUACAAUUUGCCCGUCAUCUGUCUGCACAAUACGCCGGCACAGUAUGUGAAGCUGCCCACGUAUUCAGGUCCCAGCAAAGACGUAGAAGACUUGCGACCGCAGGGCCCCAAGCGGCAGAUGAAGCGGCUGCUGAAGAAGGAAGUCUCCCUGGACACGUACACCUGGCAGAAGAAAUAUGGACAUUUGACCUCGUCCGUGAUGAUGGCCCAGGUGGAUGAGCGCUUGAAGCGACGCUUCAGUGUUUCGGCCAGCAUGGAGGAGAUCUCCAAGAUUGCCGAGACCAAGACUGGUGCCUCGCAGGCAAAUCUGGGACCCGAGCAGGCGGCUCUCGCCCAAUCCCAGCACUUUGAUCAACUGGAGGCGUUGUGGAACAAACGUUCGCCGCCAAGACGACGACACAAUGCGGGUCUGUCGCGUCAGACAUCGCUGGUGGAGGACCGGUUAGAGUCCUCCGAUGACGAUGAGUAUCAGGAUGAGCGUGCAGGUAUGUUGUCAGCCUCCUAUGACCACAUCCAUCUGCUCGCACGCUUGCCCGGCAUCCGAACCCUGCACGAUGCAUGGAAGACGAGUAGUUUGCGUGUCUCCCGCACCCGUACCAAGUUCUAUGUCAGCACACCUCCGCACAACAACAGCAACAACAACAACAAUAACCAUACAGACCAUAACAAUUCCAGCUUAUAUCUUGACCAAGUUGCCUCUCAAGUGGCGCCCGAUUUGGUGCGUGAUCUGUUGCCCGCAGAACGUCCAGUCCGGUCCAGUCAUCUGUUCCAUUGGUCCAGCCUGAAGCCGCAUCUGUGGCGCCAUCGACGGCAACGCAAUUGUCAAUCCUUGCAGCCGCAUUUCCGUGUCAAUGUGCCAGAUGGGGCACGUGCCACGCCCAUCAUUCGGGUGGAGAACUAUGAUGGUCGACACGUGCAACGUGUGCGCACCGAUCUCGUGCUGCAUCCCCAAAGCAUACAGGCUUCCCUGGGCCACAUGACCAUAGAGCAAGCUGCUCCCAGUUCAAGUUCAAGUUCAUGUCCAAGUCCCAGCCACAAUGCUGAACCUGCCAAAAAAACCACCUCAUGUGGCUUCUUUGGCAGCCGCUGGACGCUGUUCCGUGGCAAAUCCGAGCCAAAGGUACGCGCCACGCCCACAACGCCCACUGAGGCGCCAGCUGUCAGUUGCAAUGACUGCGUGACGCAGUGAAAACUGAACACUAGAGUGCGUCAAUUUGUGUGGAGUAAAAAAAAAUUCACUAAUCCUAAUCUACGAUGAAUUCUAAGAAGAAAUGUCCAAGAAACCAUGGGUCUAAAUUUUAGACUCUAAAAUCAAUAAUUUUUUUUAAUCUUUCACAUUUUAAGAAGCAGUUAAAGAUAUAGUAUGUGUUAUUUAUAUGGGUACUUGUCUGUUAGGUGGAACUAACCUCAAAAAAAAUUUAAAAAAAUUUAUAGAUAAGAAUUAGUUGGUUUGGACAAGUAAGAAGGCAAUAAUAGCUUAUUAUUAAUAAAUUAUAGAAAUACAAGCGCCUAAAAGCACGCAGCAGUUUUUAUAUAUUUUUGAAACAGACAGUUACCCAUAUAAAAUAACACUUAAAUUUCUCUUUAAAAAGCGGAAGCUCCAUAUCGAUUUUAGAUCCAUUAAUUCAUGGGCAAUUCUUCUUAGAAUUCAACGUAGAUUACGAUUUUGAUAACUACUUUUUCGCAAAAAAAAAAUUUUACCCACUCUACUGAACACUGCUACACUGAACUGCUACACAACUCUUGGCACUUUUCUACACUGCACUACACACUGUUUUUUUGUUUACUAAGUUUAAAAAUACUUUAAUCUUCUACUUAACACCUUUUGUAGCUGUAGUUUUUCGAGUAGUUAGUUUAAAUUUUUUUCCAAAAUAAAAUCUGCAAAUAUUUUUGUGUA